AUGCAGGAUGUCAAGACGGAGUUCGUGGAGCCGGCAGAUCUGCCAGAGAAGACCCAAAAGGAAGGUGUGCCAGCGGAGAGCUUAACGAAGGAGUCAGUGCCAGCAGGUGUGCCAGCAGAUGUGCCAGCGGAGAGCUCGACCAAGGAGUCAGUGCCAGCAGGUGCCGUGGAGACCUCGACGAAGGAGUCAGUGCCAGCAGGUGCCGUGGAGACCGAGACAAAGGAGUCAGCGCCAGCAGGUGCCGUGGAGACCGAGACAAAGGAGUCAGCGCCAGCAGGUGUCAAGGUGGAGACCUCGACGAAGGAGUCAGUGCCAGCAAGUGUCAAGGUGGAGACCGAGACGAAGGAGUCAGUGCCACCAGGCAAGGCGGAGACCGAGACGAAGGAGUCAGUGCCACCAGGCAAGGUGGAGACCGACACAGCCGUGGAGCCACGCGUGACACCCAAGCCGAAGCCAAAUCGGGAGGAGGAGACCGAAGAGGAACGCAAGGCUCGCGAGGCCCACAACUCGUACAUGCGUUGCUUUCGCAGCUUGCGCUCGGUCAAUUGCCCACCGGAGGUGAGGGAAAAGGCUUUCACAAAGGAUGGGAAGAAGCGCUCAUCCUCGAUUAUGAGACACAUGUAUGAGAUGUGGAUCAGCAGCGGGUGUGAUUGGCUUCAAAGCUCGAUUGUCCUGAAUGCAAAGAAGCGCAACAACACCAGGAGAACCGGCAGGUACGUUUGGAAACGCUUCGACCUGCUCAAGACAGAGCAUGGAGAGGCGAUUGCAGAGGACAUUCGUGCUUCCAAGAAAGGCAUGGACCCAGACGGUCGAGGCCGCUGGUGGAAGGUGCAUCCCGACCAGCCGAAGAACGAGGACUGGGAGCUGUUCAAGUGCUUCGACUCCAGGGAGGAGGUUACGGAGUCCGAGAGUGAGACGGAGUUCCAGAUGAAUGCCGAUGUUGGUCUGGACCAUGCCGGAACAACGGGUGCCUUCAAUGACCCGGGCUCGAACGACCUGCCGCCUCCACCUCCCCCGAAGCUGCCGCGUAAAGAGAAGAAGGCAAAGCCCGCACCCGAAGAAGCUCUUGACUUGCUGAAGAAGGGCACUCAGCGCAUCAUCGAGGCAGACGGCAUGGAGGCCAUGCUCAAGAACGGCGGGAUGCACCUUGGACUGGAUCUUCCUGAGCUCAGGGGCGAUGCAUUUGCAAAAGCUAUGGUUUCCGACAUGCGGUCUGAUAUCGACUUGUUGAAGCAGCGGCACACCGAGCUUCAGCAUGCAGUCACGACAAAGGAGGCUGAUUCAGAGAUCGGGACUUUGAACAUGUUGCUCAAAGCGAGCUACAGCAUGUAUGAUGAGAAGAUGAAAGCGGUGAAGCGUGCAAUUCGUCCGGCCCCGAAAGCAAAGGCCAACCCAAAAGGGAAGGCCCACGCGAAGGCCAAAGCGGCUGCCUGA